AAGCUUCUCUCUCCUCUCUAAAAUUCUCCAGCUUAUUCUGACUAAACCCUUCGCAAACAUCAGUUUUUUUUUUAGUGCUGGGAAGCCGUGCUUCACGAGUUUUUGAUGCUUGGAAGCCCGCCGGCUCCUCAAGCAAGGUGGAGCUGGCCUUUCAUGCUCCUCUGUCCGUUGACCACCUUGAGUGGUCUAUCGAUUCCUUUUGUGACCCCUUCCGAUGGUCCUUUUCUUAUUUUUACUAUUUUUUUGGUUUUCUUAUUUGUUUACUCAGAUUUGGUGACCAACAAGACAUUUUCUAUUUUUUUGGUUGCUACUUGUUUAAUCAUGGACGAGAACAAAGAUGAUGCUUUGAAAUGCUUGAAAAUCGACAAAAACGCGUUGGACACUAGGGAUCAGGCUCAUGCUCUCAAGUUCCUCACCAAAGCUCGUUGCCUUGACCCCAGUCUCGCCGUUGAUGAUCUAUUGGCAGCGGCUAGAAAGGAUUCUGAUGAUCGAUCGUUGCCAAACUCAGGGGCAGAUGCACGAGAUGGUGGAGUGGUUUGGGUGGCCGAAGACAAGAAGGUGAGAGAGUAGCAACAGAGUCGACGAUGAACGGAAGUCAAGAUGGAGGCUUCAUCGCCGUUGGCCUAUAGAGAGAGUGCAAAGUUUGAAAUUGAAAUUCAUGGGUUUAAAGAUGAAUUUGAAAUACAUGCUUUUUAACUCU